CUUCCCUCAUCUGCGUCCUGCCCCCCCCGGUGCAUGAUCGGAUUUGCACGUCGACGCAUCGCUCGGCCGUCCCUCCUGUUUCUGCCGGCUGCACGCCCUUCUGUCUUGCGCAUUUCUGCACCUGCACCUCUCUGCAUUUCCGUCUGGAUCGCUCUUGCACCCAUGUCUUCGUCGGCCUCCCAGAUCAAGCAGCCCAAGUGGCACAAGCCCGAGCCCUCCCAGGCCAACCUCAGGGUCCUCAACUCGCUCACCCGGGGCAAGGAGGAAUUUAUCCCGGCCAGAUCCAAGCUGGUAUCUUGGUACUGCUGCGGUCCCACGGUCUACUCAGACUCGCACAUGGGUCAUGCCAGAGCCUACAUCACCUUUGACAUUCUCCGCAGAAUCAUGGAAGAUUACUUUGGGUACGAUAUCAACUAUGUCAUGAACAUCACCGACAUCGACGACAAGAUCAUCCUGCACGCCCGCUACAAGUACCUCUUUGAUCAAGCCAAGUCUGCUGCCUCUGCCCUGACUCCUGAGCUUCUCGAAGAUGUCUCCAAGGCAUGGAAUUUCUUUGUGGAGAAGCGCCUUGCCAAGUUCGAUCCCAACGCUGCGUCGCAGUGGGAUGCUUUUGCCACCAAGAUCGAGACCGGUGGCGGUCCAAACCCAGCCGACGAGCCCAAAUUCCAGAUGUACUUCAAGGCGGCGGCUGCUUCCAACGAAGCCAUCGAGCUCGCCAAGCGGCAAAUCGCUAGCGGCACUUCAGGGCAAGAGCAUGCCCAUGCGCUGCUCGACUCCAGCAGAGAUGUCUAUUCUCUCUAUCUUGAUUCAAUCAAGGGCUCGACCGUGACCGAUCCCGCCAUCUUCCGCGACUAUGCUGCUUUCUGGGAAAACGAGUACUUCAAGGAUAUGGAUGCCCUGAAUAUCCGUCGCCCCGAUGUCCUCGUGCGUGUCAGCGAAUACGUUCCCGAGAUUGUGUCGUUUGUCGAGCGUAUCAUUUCCAAUGGCUUUGCUUAUCAAUCCGAGGGAUCCGUCUAUUUUGACACGGCAAAGUUCGAUAAGCAUCCAGACCACAACUAUGCUAAGCUCGAACCCUGGUCUGCUGGCAACGUUAAGCUGCUGCAAGAGGGCGAGGGUGACCUCUCCACCAGCCAUCCGCAAGGCAAGCGAAACCCGUCGGACUUUGCUCUCUGGAAGGCAUCCAAGCCAGGAGAGCCCGCCUGGCCCUCUCCUUGGGGAGAGGGCCGGCCCGGAUGGCACAUCGAGUGCUCGGCCAUGGCUGGCGAGAUCCUGGGCGAGAAACUCGACAUCCACAGCGGCGGAAGCGAUCUGGCCUUCCCGCACCAUGACAAUGAAAUAGCCCAGUCAGAGGGUCAUUACAACUGCCACCAGUGGGUGAACUACUUCAUCCAUGCGGGCCAUCUCCAUAUUGAGGGCCAGAAGAUGUCAAAGAGUCUGAAGAACUUUGUCAAGAUUCAGGAAGCCCUUGCUAAGCACUCUGCGACGCAGAUUCGAUUCCUAUUCCUGCUGCACCAGUGGAACUCUGUCCUGGACUUCAAAGAGAGCUCGAUGCAAGAAGCUCGCGCUUACGAAUCCGUGAUCAACAACUUCUUCGACAACGUCAAGGCGCUGAUCCAGGACGCCAAGAGCACCCCCGAAGUCUUCACCGGCAACCACAACUUCCACGAUCUCGAGAAGAAACUCCUUGCCAGCCUCGAGGUCUCGCAGGUCAAGAUCCACAACGCCCUCUGCGACAACUUUGACACUCCCACAGCCAUGCAAGAGAUCCGUGACCUCAUCACCGUGACCAACAAGUACAUUGCCGAGAAGAAGGACACCCCAAACACCGAUCUCCUGGCCAAGGUUGCCAAAUACAUCACUCGCCUCGGCAGAAUCUUUGGCAUCGUUCGUGACGGCAACGCCGACAUUGGCAACUCGGCAGCAUCCGCCGCGGCUAGCUCCGACGAGGCCAUCAUGCCGUACCUGCGCGCCCUCUCGAGCUUCCGUGACGGUAUUCGCGAGUUGUCCCAGAAGAAGGCUGAUCAUCGCGAGCUGCUUGCGCUCUGCGACAAGCUGCGUGAUAUUGAUCUCGUCGAGCUGGGCGUGGCGCUCGAUGAUCGUGAAGACGGCAAGGGCGCCCUGGUCAAGCUUGUGGACAAGGAACUGUUGCUGAAGCAGCGACAGGAGAAGCUCGAGCGUGAGCAGCAGAAGCAAAGAGAGAAGGAGGCCCGUCUUCAGCAGGCCCAUGCAAAGAAGCUGGAGAAGCUGGCCAAGGGCCAGACUCCCCCCGAGCAGAUGUUCAAGAACGAAGAAGGUCUGAAGCUGUAUUCGAAGUGGGACGAGAAGGGUCUUCCCACUCACGACAUUGGCGGAGAAGAGAUCUCCAAGUCCAAGGGUAAGAAGCUUCAGAAGGAAUACGAUGCUCAAGUCAAGCUGCACGAGGAGUACAAGGCUUUCAAAGCCUCAGAACAGGCGUAAUGGCGCGAUGGCAGUCCCUCCCCUCCCGGCCCUGCUUCCGCUUGGUUGUGCUGGGCUAAGCUUUGUCAUCUGCUUUAGCAGCAGUUGCGAGGAGCAGCGGAAUACGGCUGGGGUCCCGGCCACUUCUCAAUAAGUAUUGUUAUUCGGUCCCACAUGAUAAG